UUUGUCCAGGGAACUAACAGACAUGAUACUCGGGAAGCUGGGAGGCUCAGGCUGGCCUUCUAGUAACCACGACCUUAGCAUGGACAAGGCUGUAAAGAGCAAAGUUGUCGGCCCAAUCUUAACAGAGUCCCAUCCAUCUUUUGGUAGGCCAGAUCUUAUUGUUUACUGUUGCCCUUCGGGAGUUGAAUCGCCAGUGGCCUUUGUAGAUUUCCAGUUUCCUGAUCCUCAAUCGCCGAAACGGUUGCGCAGGCCAGCUCACCUUGUUGAUGAAAACUACAUCGCCAAAUAUAAUAAGGCCUUGUCAAUCAUGAAGUCCCUGCCAUACGAUGGCCCUCGAAGUUUUGCCCGUCCAGCUAACUUGCAUUGUCUCUACCGCACUGCAGCAUAUGAACGAAACUCCAAUGUUCCUCUCGAUAUCCACCGGACAUGGUUCUUUUUUCCCUAUCAGCGGAUGAUGGUCUACUUCCACGAACGCAUAGUUGGUAGUCUAAUUGGAGAUGACACGUUUGCUUUGGCCUUUUGGUCUUGGGACAUGCCUGAAGGAAUGGUGAUGCCGGAUAUGUAUGUGAACACGAAUUUGUCUUCGUUUCACACAGAACGUGACUUUUCACAUUUUCCACCACAGACGGUUGAUUUAAACUAUUGUGGUGAAAAAAAUUUAAGUCCUAAAGAGCAAUUACACACAAACUUGGCUUUUAUGUAUAACCGAAUGGUAUCUGGUGCAAGCAAGACAGAAUUAUUCACGGGAAUCGCAUAUAAAGCCGGUGAGGAGUAUUGUGAUGGACCUGGCACAUUAGAGCUUUUCCCUCACAACACUAUGCACAUGUGGAAAGGGAGCGAUUCAAAACCUGGAAGGGAGGAUAUGGGUAGAUUUUUCUCAGCUGCACGAGACCCUACUUUCUAUGCACAUCAUUCCAAUAUAGAUCGUUUUUGGGUAGUUUCGGGGAUCUUCGUUCACAUUCCCAAGGGUGUUGGUUUCAGGGAGAGAGAUCAUGGUGGGGAGAUUUCGAGGAGGAAGACAAAUCUUGAAUUGGGGGUCUCAGAACAAUUGAAAGAUUUGGACGUAGAUGCAGAUGAAAGCAUAUGAAUUUCAUUGUUGCCAAGGACGGCCAGCUGCAGCAACCUAACGAUUGAAGGAAUACGGAUCGAGUACAUCAAAUGAUUGAAGUCUCCGACACCUGGAGCGCACCAUACAUGAAUGA